CUUUUCUACUUUGGAGAACCUGAGUAUUGUAUGGAUGAGAGCGAUGGCUACCUUGAGGUAAAGGUAUGGAGGACUGGAACGGAUCUAAGUAAGCCUGCCAGCGUAACUGUCCGCUCUAAGCCUUCUGAACCGCCCUCUGCCGAGGCCGGUAACGAUUACGUUGGUAUCGGGAAGACUUUGGAUUUUCCUCCUGGAGUAACCUUAGAAACCUUUAGAGUCACCAUUUUAGAUGACCUGGGUCAGCCAGUCGUUGAAGGAUCGGAGACUUUCGAGUUAGUUCUGCGCAUGCCUAUGAACGCAGAGCUGGGAGAUCCAAGUCAGGCUUUGGUGACGAUUAACGAUUCCAUUUCAGACUUGCCAAUGAUGCAGUUUCGGGAUUCAGAGUACUUAGCCUUUGAAAACGAUGGAAAUGUUUCAGCCUACAUCUUACGUAGCGGAGACCUAAAUCACGUGACCACUGUUCGUUGCUACACUCGUCAGGACACUGCCAAAGUCGAAAAAGAUUUCAUUGAAAGGCCCAAUACUGAUGAUUCGCUCGUGUAUUUUGAACCAGGUGAGAUCGAGAAACCUUGCACGGUGAUCUUGGUGAACGACACUAUUCACGAGAACGACGAAAUGUUCCGGUUGAGGCUAGGAAGUCCAUCCAGUGAAACGGCAGGCGGAGCUUUACUUGGCCCAAAAAAUGUGACUAAAAUUUCAGUAAAGGAUACAGGAGAUCAACCUAUAAUCAAGUUCGAGAACGUCAGAUAUAACGUUAAAGAACCUCUGCAACCCGGAGAGGUCACAAUUUUAGAAGUGCCAGUUAUUCGAAAAGGCGACGUUAGCAAAUCAUCACAUGUCCGGGUUCAUACCAAGGAUGGUUCAGCAAAAUCUGGUAAAGACUACAGUCCUUUUUCGAAAGAACUGGAAUUCGGACAGAAUGUAAGCAAGAUAGUUAUAGAAAUCGAGAUUCUUUACAGUAAAGAAAAGGAACACCGUGAAGCCUUCACUCUUCAUCUUCGUCCAGACAGAGACAUGAUUGCUGAUAUAGAGGAUAACAAGGCGAUCAUUUACAUUCAAGAAGUUAAUAUUGUUGCUGACGUCACCUUCCCAUCAAAACCAGUGGUUGUUUCGUUGAAAGACUAUGACAAUGCCGUUGAUGCACUCAAUCCUAUCCCAGGAUACCCAGUUAUUUGUAUUACAGCCUGUAAUCCUAAAUAUCCAGACUACGAAAAAACAAAAGUCCUCUGUACUUUAGAAGGCAUCAAUGACACGUUGACAGAGUUUGGAUGGCGUGUGGCGGCACCUAGUGGUCAAGAUGGAGUCACGAGUGAACUGAAGAAUGUCGAAUCAAGAACGUUUUUCACGGACACUCACCACAUCACUUUGGAUAGCAUAUACUUCUCACCAGGGAGUCGCGUGCAGUGUGCUGCACGAGCUGUAAACCAGGAUGGUGAUGUAGGGUUAGAGUUGGAAAGUGCACCAGUUGUUAUUUCUAUCUCUGGUGGAUUAUGUUCACCACGUAUCGAAGGUUCUACUGGUGCUGAACCUUUUACUGCCAAGAUGAGAUAUACAGGUCCAAAUGAACAAGAUUAUCCCAACUUGAUAAAACUGACCGUUGUCAUUCCUCACCGAGACGGAAUGCUUCCCGUCAUUUCUUCCCAACCUCUGUCCAAUUUUGAGUUGACCUUGAGCCCAGACAACCUAAGGGUGGGCACUCAUAAAUGUUCGAACCUGCUGGACUACAACGAAGUACAAACCAAGAAUGGAUUCCUCACCAACGAAACAAAGAAUGCCAACGUUGUUGGUGAAGUGGAACCCUAUCAAUUCAAUUCAGAGUUAAGGACGGAACCCACGCUCAGAUUCUAUAGGAACUUAUACCUGGAAGCUUGCAUGUGGGAAUUUACGACAUAUUACGAUAUGUCGGAACUGGUGGCAGACUGUGGUGGCACCAUCAGCAGUGAUGGUCAGGUUUUGAAUUCAGUUCAGUCUUUUGUGUCUGUACGGGUGCCAUUGUACGUUUCAUAUAUCUAUCACUCGCCUGUUGCUACUGGAGGCUGGCAGCACAACGACCUGACGUCACACUUGAGAUUGACGUUCGUCUACGACACUGCCAUCUUGUGGAAGAAUGGUAUCAAAGCCCCCGAGGAGUCCCAACUUCAAGGAAAUCUCUAUCCUACUAGCAUGAGAAUACGAGACGAUGGAAGAUUAGUUGUGAAUUUUAGGACAGAACCUCGGUUCAAAGGGCAGUUUAUACUUAGUCACCCAGGAAGUGGGCUAACAUCAAUGGCGACGUCACAGGAUUACCCGGAACUGACUUGUACUUUAGAGCUGAUCCGCAGUGAACCGACCUACGCUCAACCUGAACAACAGUGGGAAUUUGUGUCAGAUCUAGCAGUCCGGGACUACUCUGGGAACUACAACAUUAAACUAAUACCUUGUACUGCUACAGCAGAAAUGGAAUAUUCCCGACCGCUGCAGUGUAACCCUCGUGAUCCCAUCACCUUUGAUCUCCAGGUCCGCUUCCAGCAGGUCAGCGAUCCAGUGCCAGCGGAGUUUAGUUUGAAUACUCAGUUCCAUUUAAUGCGAAAGAAGGCCCUCUGGGUGUCAGACGGCUCCAUGGGAUUCGGAGAGGACACGGAUGUGUCAUUUGUACCUGGAGACGAAGUUUUCGGAAGAAUCAUGGUAGACCCGGUUCAGAAUUUAGGAGAUUCGUUUCACAUGACGAUUGAGAAGUGCUUCUUAUGUACUGGAGAGAAUGGAUAUGUGCCCAAGUAUAACCCCGAUAAUUCAGAAUAUGGGUGCAUGGCAGAUUCUCCUAAUUUGCUGCAUAUCUUUAAAAUUAUUGACAGAGGCGCCCCCAACACAGCGAAAAGGAAUUUCAGAAAUGUGCCUUUUAAUGCUCGGCUAGCUGUUGACGACCUAGAUCCUGAAGUUGAUAAUUUAAAGAAACAACCUGGAGCUGAUGGUUUCCGUUUCGAUUCCGCGCCACUAUUUCAAGUGUCGUCUGGUACGCAGUGGUUUGUGCACUGUAUCUACACUAUCCGUUCUGAGAAGAAUGCUGCCAGGGGUAUUGGAAAACGAAGUAUUCCGCAUCAUGCCUUACAAAAUACAAAUCAGGCUCUCUCUCGGCGCAAGCGCGCGUCAAAAGAAAUAGAUGAGAUCGGCAAAGAUGGAGUUGGAACUAAUAUGAACCGAAUCCUGCUGGAUUACAGGAGUAAAACUGGGAUCGUGGCAGUAGAGCAGGAAUCGGGUGAUACCAGUGUCACUUGUUCUUUGUUAGUCGUGAUUGUCGUUGUCGUCGUUUUAGCCCGCAGAAAACGAACACCUGACACUAAAAAAUUCCCGCCUUCCCAUGCACCAACAGAGAUAUCUUCUAACGGUCAGACUCGACUCAUAGCACCUCAAUAUUAUACCAGUAGCGGGGAUAAUACCGAGGUUUAGCGUUUAAUAAGAAAUUGUACUAGAAGUAAGAUGGAUUUUGUUUGUUUGUUUUUUUUCUUUCUGGGAAAAAAAUCACUAUUAAAAAUACAAUUUAUGACAGAAAAAAUCCAAUAAAUAUCAUAAAAUUUAAACUCAUCUUUUCUGCACAAUAAUUAGUGAUAAGUAAGGGAUGCUGAAAGUUUUGUGCUCCGACAGAAAACAUCGAUAAAGCUGGAUGUUCUAUUUGAUUGCGUAGGCCUGCUCAUUAAAUGUCUACCUUACCGUUCUCCGCGUUCAUUUUUUUUAAUUCUCAUUUGUGUAAUUAAUGUGUGACUUUUUAAUAUUUUAUGAAACAGAACUGUUGGUAUUCCUUUUUUUUUUGAAACAUAUAUUUAAUCACAGUUUCAUUCUGUAACCACAUCUUCCGGUGGUUACUGUUUUUUUUUGUUUCGUUUUUCUAAGCAUUAAUGUUUUUGUGCCACGUUUUGGUUAUAUGUGAUAGUUAUGUAAAUUUAAAAAAUUUCAAUAAAAAGUAAUUUCAGAAUUUAUAAUAAUUUCCAAACCGCAUUCUCUGUAAUUAAAUACUAGAUAUUUACUGAGUGUUUAGGAUCGAACUAAUCUAAAAUUAAUGAAUAAAAUCAGCCUUACAGAAAUAGUUUUUCUGUGUAGUUUUGUAUAACGAAAGAGUAAUUCGUUUAUUUGCUGGUUGAACGUAAGACUAAUUCAUCUUCAAAUGUUUUUCACGACAACUUCAUCAUGUCUGUAUUUCGAGUGUGUUACAAUCUUCAGAAUUAGCACUGGAUUUUGAAGAUGAAAUUGAUAUUUUUGUAGGAAAAUUCUACCUAACAUAUGACGAAGAUCAACUUGCUGUACUGAGGAUUUAUCGUUGAAGAACAAAUGUUAAACCAUUGUCUCCUCAAAACUGGAAAAAUGUUCUGAAAUGUUCUGUUCAAAUAGUAUCUGUUUCACAUAUUUUCCGGUAAAUCUGAAAAUAACAUUUUUUACAGCAUUUAAUUUCCGUUAGAAAUUGAAGAAUAAGUUUGUUAUGUCAGUGGACUUUUUUUUUUUUUACUAAUCAUUAUGUAUUAUCAAAAAAGAACAAAAUAGCGGGAUUUUCAUCUGUCGUUUAUAUAUAUAUAUAUGUUCGUGUUUGUACUUAAAUUCACUGCCACGUUUUUGUGUUGGCGUUUCUUGUUUACGCCAUCUUGAAAACUAAUAGUUUUAACCUUAUUAACCACGCUUUUUUUUUCACUUAACCGCCACCUGUGAACACCUGUAUAGAGUUUGAAACUAUAGUCGCUGUUAGUAAUUAUUUCUUAUGAGUUUGUAAAACCAAUUGUAAGAACUAUGUUAAUAUUGGAUAACAACAGUCAUUUUUUUAAAAGAAAGAUGCUAAAUAAAGUGACUUUCUAUUUCCA